AUGCCUACUCUGAUAUCUUCUCUACAAAAUCAGCAGCCGACGGAUGCUACCCAAUUACAGAGACCCAUAGCUCCACAGCCAGUUCGAUGGCCAGAACUAAAAGUCCAGGAUAAAGUCUUGGGGAAGAAAUUCAAUGAUGUGUGGUAUUAUGGGACAAUCUUGGACAUCUACCCAGCUGUACCUGAGGAAAACCAAGAGUGGAAGUGCAAGGUCAAGUUUGAUGGCAAAGGCAUGAAAACCCUCCCAGGAAGACUAGUGGCGUAUAAAGAUCCCAUCAACUGUUUCCUGAGAGUUGGGACACGUAUUGUAGCAUUAUACAGGGAAGAUGAUGCUCCUAGCACAUUCUAUGCCGGGGUUAUUGCAGAAGCUCCAAGUAUAAAGAAUAACAGAAGGUUCCUGGUAUUUUUUGACGAUGGCUAUGCUCAGUACUGUGAUGCCAAGGAGUUGCACAAGGUUUACAUGCAGAGUGAGAAUGUCUGGGAGGAUAUCAACAUUGAAACCAGUGCUUUCAUCAAGGAGUACCUGCGGAUAUACCCUGAGAGGCCCAUGGUCAGGCUUUCCAAGGGGCAAGUGGUCAGAACAGAAUGGAAUGGCAAAUGGUGGACUGCCAAAGUAGUGGAGACUGAUGCUAGCCUGGUGAAGAUGUACUUCCAAGCCGACAAACGUGUGGAGUGGAUCUACAGGGGCUCUACAAGACUGGAGCCUUUGUUUAAAGCUUUGGCUAAUGCGGAUGCAAUCAAGGCCGCAGGAAGUGCCAGAGGUAGGAGACACAACCUUACAAUGAGACCAUCAGAUGCUCUGAGACCUUCGGUAGAGUACACAAGAAGUGCUGGGGAGGAUGAUAGCAGCUCAUCUAAUUCUGCCAAAUCAAAAUAUGUUGCAAAACCAAGUGAGGCUAACAAGAAAAAGUCCAAUGUGGCAAAGAAAAGUACUGGCGGGGCUAACAACAGUGAGCUUUCUAAGUCUGGUCAGUGGGAAGCCCCAUGGAUUCGUUACCAAAGAAAGGCUACCUCGGGUGUUCAGAAGUCGCGAAAUGCAGAUUCAGCAUCUCAAGAACCUGAUAAAGCAUCAUCAAAAGAUAAGAGCCAGCCUGGCCAGACGACAGACAGCAGCCGACCAACCAAAGAUAUUGCCAGUAUUUUGCAGGAGAGGUUAGCUACUGCAGAGGUAGAAUAUGAUGAGGAAAGUGCAACAGGGGAAAGAAAGGAGGUGAGACUGGAGGCACCAGGCAUACCCAGAAGAGUAUUUAAACCUCACAGGUGCAGUCCUGUCUGUCUGUAUGAUACCAAUGAUGGCUCUGAUAAGUUUAAAGGACGCAGUUCUCUCACCAUACCACUUCUGUGUGGCUGGGAGAGGCAGGUGUGUAAAACCCGGCCCACAACAAAGCGUCACAUUGUUUACCGGGCACCAUGUGGUCGCAGGCUUCGUAACAUAGAGGAAGUGGAUCAGUACCUGCUGGUCACCAACUCUGACCUCACCAUUGAUCUCUUCUGCUUUGACCAGCAGCUCCACGUUAACAUUGAGUUUGUUCCUGUCAAGACAUUUUGUGACAUAAAGGACCUCUCCUAUGGCAAAGAACACUACCCAAUCUCCUGCGUUAAUGGAAUCGAUCGCCACUACCCAGACUAUGUGGAGUACUCAGAUCAUCGUAUACCAUCCAAUGGAGUCCAGCUCAACCUUGAUCCCGACUUCCUGGUUUGUUGUGACUGUACGGAUAACUGCAGGGACAAAAGCAAAUGUGCCUGCCAGCAGAUGACCAUACAGAACACAUCCUGGAUAGGAGAAAUAGAUCCAGAAGCUGGGUACCAUUACAAGCGCCUUCCUGAACCUUUAUUUACUGGCAUUGUGGAAUGUAACGUGAGGUGUAAGUGUGACAAGCGGUGCCAUAACCGGGUGGCCCAACAUGGACUCCGCAUGAGACUGCAGGUGUUCAAAACAGAGAAGAAAGGCUGGGGUCUUCGGUGUUUGGAUGAUAUUGCUAAAGGCAGCUUUAUUUGUAUCUAUGCAGGCCAGCUUCUCACAGACAGAGGAGCAAAUGAGGAUGGCAAGCAGUAUGGGGAUGAGUAUUUGGCUGAGCUGGACUUCAUUGAAGUGGUGGAGAGACAGAAGGAAGGCUAUGAGAGUGAUGUGGAGGGCAUGGAAUUCUCAGAGGAUGAGUCAGAUGUGAACUACAAAGUCUCCAAGGACUCAGCUGACGAUGAUAGUGACUAUACACAAAAAAGUAGUCCCCCAGAGGCAAGUAAGAGGAAACUCCGAGGCAGCAGGAGAAAAGGCCAGACCACCACAGAAGAUACUGAUGACAAUAAACAAGGAGUUAAAAGUGCCCAACUCCUCAACAGACAAUCAAAUGUUGCCACGGACACAGCUCCCAGUGUUGUGUCGGAAGCCAUCAGCAUCUCAGAUGAAGAGGAUGAGGAAGAAGAUGCAGGCGCAGCAACUGUCAAGACCAUCAAACCUCCUCCGGAAGUGCCAAAGGAGAAAUUGAAAGCUAGAGCCAGGAAGAGUACUGGAGGCUCCAGGUUUAAUCUGUCAACCACUUUCAAGACAAGUCAUGAGCCAGUUUCAGAGAUGGAUGUCAUUAAUGAGAAAAAAGAAAGGGCUCCUACCAGAUCAUUCUUCAAUGAUGACACAGAGUGUUACAUAAUGGAUGCCAAGUCCAUGGGCAACCUAGGCAGAUAUCUCAAUCACAGCUGCACCCCCAAUGUGUUUGUGCAGAACAUCUUUGUGGACACCCAUGAUCUCAGGUUUCCUUGGGUAGCCUUUUUUGCUGGACAGUAUAUUCGAGCGGGUACCGAGCUGACCUGGGAUUAUAAUUAUGAGGUGGGAAGUGUUCCAGAUAAAGUGCUCUACUGUUACUGUGGAUCCUCGAUGUGCAGAGGUCGACUCUUGUGA